GCUCAGUUAUCCGACUCAGGCAUUUCGGAUGCUGAGGAAAUUGAAGAGGUGGAUUUGCCAAACCCUUCCAAGUCAGUCCUUUCCAACACCAUGGAAAAGACUCAAUCAUUAUAUAGCCAUUCGAAGGACUCUCAUGGUUUAUCACAUCUCUCUUCAGCCAAAAAAGCUGCUAUCCGUCUUAUUGAAAUCGGACCGCGUAUUACUCUUCAGUUGAUUAAAAUCGAAGAGGGUGUAGACUCUGGGGCUGUCCUCUACCAUUGCUGGCAAGCACGUUCCUUCGAUCAAUUAGUCCAGGAUGAUGUGCUUCGUCAGAGACGCGAACAGGCUCGUGCGGCCCGAAGAGCUGCUUGUGAAGCAGCCAGAGCCAAAAAUCUGGCCUCCAAAGAGGCGCAUAAAGCUGCAUGCCUAGAAGGAAUGCGAAAGGCUGGACACUUGCCGGUUCGAAUGGUAAGUGUUUAA